AUGAUAGCACAUCGAUCUUUUGGGACAUCGCUAGGGAAACGGAAGCGGUCCAACCCCACAGAAGAACUGCAGGCGCUGAAGCGAUUGCAAGAAUUUAGAUACAAGAAAACGUCCUUCGUGACAACUAGCACAGCCAAGCAGAUAGAAGGAAGCGGAGAGACUGAUCUUCGUCGCCGAGAUUGUACCAAGAAUCCAGGUCAUCGCAGUUUUGUAUCUAUACCCCAUUUUGAUGUGAACCAUUUACCUCCUGCCUACCACGACGAGGAUAUCGUGGAGUGUGUUCGGGCCUUGUCUGAUUUAACGGCCCAGAUCAAUGUACUGCAUCAAAAUAAGGUCACUCACAAAAUGUGCCCGAGAAUGCCAGCAACUUUGUUGACUCCCGAUGCCAAGACAGUAAUUACGACGGUUGCAACUGGGCUGGUGCACAAAGUACACAAAUAUCCCAAUGGAAAGAUGAUGGUAGAUCAAAGCUGUCCGUGUAAGGAUUGUAAGACUUCCCCAACUCCACAAACGCAAUUUGCCAAAAUUAUUCUCCAAACUACAGCCCAUGUUGUUCCUGAGAAUUGCGACAACGAAGAGAUCAGAAGCCAUCUUUUCUUCGAUAAAGGUCGGAGCCCUGAUGACGACUGGGGUGUUGUUACCCUUACUAACGUAGUCAGCGUGGAGAGCAGCAUGGACAAUGAACGAUGGGAAAUCACGUACGUGACCCAUGACGUCCACCUGGCGGAGAGGCUGGGAAAGACGCUAACUGAAUGGCAGAAUCUGCGAGGAGCAUUAAUGACUAAAUACUUAACGACUCAACAUUCAAAAGCUAGAUCAUUGCCUUUAUCCGGAUACAUACCUGAUAACGAACAGCCGUUGGUCAUCAUUGUGAGCCAUCCACACGGAUGCAGUAAACAUGUCAGCGUCGGCCACUGCGUCCAGCGAGAUGAGCUAGGGAACGGCUUGACUAGAUAUUCCUACAGUGCAGCAACGUGUCCAGGGUCAAGUGGAGCUCGUGUGAUGAUAGUCGGCAAGGCCUGGUGGUGGUGGUGCAGCGAUCACAUCCAUGGCGGCAACACUGACGUUUCCUGGGAUGUCAGCUGUAGUGCACCUGGAUGUGAUCACCUCUCUUAG